GAGGAAAGAGCAGCUGCAUCCACAUAGGUCAUGCAAUACCUAGGGUGGUUUGGCUGUCUAACUCCUUGACGAUGCUACUCCUGCUGACCCUGCUGGGGGUUGCCCUGCUCACCUGGCAGCAUGCUCCAGCCCGGAACAAGAUCCCCAGGGCCCAGAAGUGGAGGGAGGUAGCGCUGCAGAAGAUGGAGGCCCUGGCCCGGCGGCUCCGGCAGCAGGAGCCGGACCUAGACCCCGAGCCAAUCCUGGAGCUGCCCCUGGCAGAGCUGGCCCAGAGGCUUCGGACUGAAGAGCUGAGUCUGGAGAGCAUCCUCUGCAGCUACUUAGAGCAGGCACUGAAGGUGCACCAGGAGGUGAACUGCCUGAUGGAUUUCCUGGGGGAAUGUGAGGAGCAACUGUAGGCGUUGAAGAAGCUUAGGAAGAGUGAGAGAGGCCUUCUUUAUGGGGUCCCCAUGAGCCUCAAGGACACCUAUGACUGCUCGGGCCAUGACUCUACGUGCGGCCUGGCCCAGUUCCUGGAGAAGCCUGCGACCAAGGACAGGGUCAUUGUGAAAGUGCUCAAGGCCCAAGGGCCAUCUCCUUUGCUAAGACCAACAUCCCACAGACGCUGAUCAGCUUCGAAUGCAGCAACCCCACCUAUGGCCAGACCUUGAACCCACUGAACUUAAAGAAGACAAGUGGUGGCUCCUCAGCGGGUGAGGCAGUUCUGCUGGCAGAAAGUGGGUCCAUCCUAGGCAUGGGUACUGACACAGGCGGCAGCAUCCGCAUACCAGCCAGCUUCUGUGGUGUCCACGGCCUCCGCACCACGGGCUCCCG